AUGUAUUCUUCCAGAUUGUCAGCGAACCUUUUUGAAAUAAUUCCUUUAAAAGGUGAUACUCUUCUUGAAUAUGUUCUUUUAUUCACAGGCGUAUUUAAUUCUUCCUUCUUAAAAUCAUCAAUAGGUCUUAUUGGUUUACUACUCUCAAGAUAUGGAACUAAAUCAGGUACAGCAUUAUCUUGAAUUAUUACUUUGUGAGGACGGUUUUCUAUCUUUUGUUUUAAUUGGCGUCUUUGAUUAUACAGUAAAUUAUAUUUUUUAGCACGCGUUUCUUCAUUUAUCUUUGGAUCUUCGAGAGUAUCCUUUAUCAUAGCGUCAGUUUGUGCUUUCUCAGUGUGCAUAAAAUCAGAUUUACCUUUUAUCAUGUUAAGUAGUGUAAGAUAUUCAAUCUCAGGUAUCAUUAUCAUUUUCUUUGUGUGCUUCAUUC